GAUGAAGGGAUUAGGCCUAGUUUAGGCUGUAAACAUAACUGUGAUUAACUGUAUCUGAAUUUAACCAAUGGCUGAAUCUAAUUCAGAAAGAGAGAGUGACACAGUGUUUCAAAAUGCAACCCGUCGUAUGAUAAUAACACAAAGGUUUUUCCCUGUUAUUGACCAAAAUUUGCCAGCAGAUCAGAUCAUGGAAAAGGAACGACUUACAGAUGAGGAUGAUGAACUCAGUGAGGUGGAACCUGACGCAGUCCCUACAGAGGUCAGAGAUUGGCUGGCCUUGACCUUCACAAGGUCAAUGAACAAUGUCCGACGAAGAGGACAAGAGAAGCCCAAAUUCCGAAGUGUGGCUCAUGCCAUCCGGGCAGGCAUUAUGGUGGACAGAAUUUACAGACGACUCUCCAGUUCAGGCACAUUACAUAUUCCCCCAGCAAUUCUAUCACUUUUAAAGGGCAUGGAUGAUUGGUCGUUUGAUGUAUUUGCACUGAACACAGCAGCAGAAGGGCAUUCUUUGAAAUAUGUGGGUUAUGAACUGUUACAAAAAUAUGACUUGGUUACGAAAUAUAAGAUAAAUAAUUCAAUGUUGGACUCUUUCCUCCUGCAAUUAGAAGCUGGAUAUAGCAAAUAUAAGAAUCCGUAUCAUAACCUGAUCCACGGAGCGGAUGUGACCCAGACAGUACACUUCAUCCUGUCACAGAGCAAGCUGGCACAUUGGUUAACAGACCUGGAAGUGUUUGCUACAAUUAUUGCCGCUCUGAUCCACGACUAUGAACACACGGGAACCACAAAUAAUUUCCACAUUCAGACGGGGUCCGAAUUUGCUAUUCUAUAUAAUGAUAAAGCAGUCCUGGAGAAUCACCAUAUAUGUGCCUCAUUCCGAAUCAUGAGAUCCGAGGAAGCCAAUAUACUGAACCACCUCAGCAGAGAGGAGUAUAGAGAAUUCCGAUCUUUAGUGAUAGAGAUG